AUGGAUAUGGGACCUCUGGAGAGCAUCAAGUUCAACCCCUGCUCGAGCAGGGUCAGCUGGAACAGGUUUCCCAGGACCAUGCCCAGUCAGUGCAGUAACAACAACCCCUACACCUCCUUCGGAGCCACGCUGGCGCGGGACGAGGAGCAGAACCUGUGGAGCACCCCGCACGACGUGACCCACACCGAGGCGGACGACGACCGGGUGUUGUACAACAUGAUCGUGGUCAGGAACCAGCUGGACAAGGACUCGGAGGAAUGGCAAAAGCUCAACUAUGAUAUUUAUACCUUACGGCAGACUCGAAAAGAAGUGAGAAGCAGGUGGAAGCACAUUUUGGAGGAUUUAGGUUUCCAAAAAGAAGCAGACUCCCUGUUGUCAGUGACUAAACUCAGCAUCAUUAGCGACUCCCAGAACAUGGGCAAAGCCCGGGAUAUCCUGUUAAAGCUGUCUGAGGAGACAAACAUCUUUCCGAUGAGCUGGGAGCUUUCUGAGCGCUACCUCUUUGUGGUGGAUCGGCUCAUAGCUCUGGAUGCUGCAGAUGAGUUCUUCAAGAUGGCCAGCAUUGCGUAUCCGAAGAGACCCAGAGGGGAAAGAGCGGACGAUUGCCAAUGUAUCUCUGUUGUGACGCCUUGA